AUGAAGUCCAUCAGGACCCUGGGAUUUGUCAGUCGGCAGCUCCAUCAGCUUGCUCAGUACCACUUCCCUAGUGAUUGUACAAUGAAGUCAUGCAUAUUACAAGCUUUAGUGAUCUGUUUGUCAUCUCAUUUAUUUAGUGGGGCUGUGGAGUAUGAAAACACAAGAGCAGGAUGCAGAACAGCAGUGAAUGAUUUGGUUUUCAUCAUGGAUGGAUCUUGGAGUGUGGGCUUUGACAACUUCGAAACAGCAAAAACGUGGCUUGUCAAUGUCACAAGUGGGUUUGACAUUGGACCUGAGUACACACAAGUAGCUGUUAUCCAGUACAGUGACACCCCACGUUUGGAGAUUGCAUUUGGCCAAUUCCUGACCAAUAAAAAGCUAAUUGCUGGAAUAGAAAGUAUUCAAUACCUUGGUGGAAACACUCAAACGGGCCGUGCUAUUAAGUUCGCAACAGAGGUUGUUUUUCCCUCUUCACAAAGAAAUAAGACAGCUAAAAACAAAAUUGCCGUUGUUGUCACAGAUGGAAAGUCUCAAGACGAUGUUGUUGAUGCUUCUGUUGAGGCACGUGCAGACAAAAUCAUUUUGUUUGCUGUUGGUGUUGGAUCUGAAAUAACAGAAUCAGAACUCAAAAUGAUUGGCAACAAACCCUCUACAACUUAUGUUAUAUUUGCUGAAGAUUAUGGAACUAUAGACAGAAUUAAGGAAGCAAUGCAGCAGAAGAUAUGUGAAGAAUCGGUAUGUCCUACGAGAAUCCCUGUAGCUGCACGUGAUGAGAAAGGUUUUGAACUGAUGGUGGGCUUUAAAAUACCACAAAAAGCGCAGAAAAUACCCGGAUCUUUGAUGACAGAAGCAGGUUUCCUACUCACGCCUGAAACAGAUGUAACCGAGAAUACCAGAGACAUAUUUCCAGAAGGUCUGCCUCCUUCUUAUGUAUUUGUUGCCACCCUACGUUUACAAAGUCCAACUAACAAACAGAAAUUUGACUUAUGGAGAAUCCUGUCUAAAGAAGGAAUUAUUCAAGCAGCUGUCACAAUUGAUGGCGAACAACAGAGCGUAUUCUUUACUACUACCAGUCUGGUCAAUGAGAUCCAGACAGUGGCAUUUAAAGAUGGCAAACUACAGGAGUUGUUUGAUGAAGAUUGGCAUCAGUUGAAGUUACUGAUACUUGAAAUGGAAGUCACCUGCUUUUUAGAUGACAUGAAAAUUCAGAGCAACAGGCUUGAGCAAGUCAUUCCUAUAUUCAUAAAUGGGAAAACCCAGGUGGCCAAACAUGUGAAAAGAGAGACAUCUGUACCUAUAGAAAUACAGAAGCUUAGACUCUACUGUGAUCCACAGCAAAGUGAUCGCGAGACUGCCUGUGAAAUUCCUUCUGUGGAUGACGAGCGGUGUCCACCUGACAGAAUGGCACCCAAGGCAGUUUGCACAUGCCCAUCAGGCCCGCCUGGAUUACAUGGUAUUCCUGGACAAAAAGGGCAUAAGGGAGAACCUGGUAAACCAGGAAAAUUUGGAAUGAAUGGUGUGCCUGGACGACCUGGCGAACAGGGUAUUCCAGGUAUACCUGGUUCUCGAGGCAUACAGGGUCAACCUGGUUUGCCUGGAUCUCCAGGGGAGCCUGGACCAAAAGGAGACACAGGUGAAAAGGGGCAACGUGGUUUCCCAGGCGCGGAAGGGCCUUCGGGUCCUAAGGGGCCUGAAGGACCAACUGGACGACAAGGGAUACCCGGCCUACUUGGAAAAAAGGGUAAUAAAGGUGAGAAAGGCAUCCCCGGCUCUCCUGGACAGUAUGGCCCUUUGGGAGAACCUGGAGUUUCGGGAAGCAAUGGCCUUCCAGGGCUACCUGGUUUAAAGGGAGAAAGUGGUAAUCCAGGUUUGCCAGGGAGAGAUGGGCACCGUGGACCACUGGGUUUUCGAGGUGUUCCUGGACCGCAAGGACCACAAGGACACAAGGGACAAAAUGGAAUGAUUGGUCAAAAGGGAGCUGAAGGGCAGCCUGGGAUACCGGGUAAGCAAGGACAUCAGGGAUCACCUGGACAUGAUGGACCACCGGGACCAACGGGGGAUGUCGGUGGGCCAGGACUACCAGGUCUUCCAGGACAUCCGGGCUCAGCAGGUUUAAGAGGAGAGCCAGGAUUUUCAGGCCAGCCCGGCUCUAUUGGGAUUCCUGGACCAAAGGGAAACAAGGGUGAACCAGGAAACCCAGGAAAGAAAGGAAGCCAGGCUGAGAAAGGAAAAGAAGGACCCCCUGGAUCGCCAGGGCCACAGGGAACUAUUGGUGCCAAAGGAACAAAAGGAGAGAAAGGUAAUGCGGGUUUGUCUGGUGAGAGGGGAACUGAUGGCAAGAAUGGAGAGCCUGGCCUAAUGGGCCCAAUAGGACCACGUGGACCUUCAGGCCAGGAAGGCCCGUAUGGACUGCCUGGUGUUCCUGGACUUCCUGGGAAACCUGCAAAGCCUGUCACGGAUGAACGAGUAAUGAAACUCUGCACUGACAUGCUUCGCACUCAGUUGCCAUCACUACUUCAAAGCAUGAGACCCAGUUGUCAAUGUGAAGGAUUUAAAGGAACACCUGGACAACCUGGAAUGCCAGGACAGCAGGGACAACGAGGAUUACCCGGCUACCCAGGCAGAUCAGCCAGACGAGGAUACCGAGGUCUACCUGGUAUGCCUGGAUUACCAGGAAUGAAAGGCGAUCAGGGACCAAAAGGAGCCAAAGGUAUGAAAGGUGAAGAGCAUCCAGGGUUACCUGGCCCACCUGGUCAAGCAGGUCUACCAGGAUUACCAGGUCCGACUGGUCAUGGAUUGCCAGGAGUGGAUGGGGAACCAGGAAGGAAUGGAGCACCCGGCAGUCCAGGAAAGCGCGGAGCACCAGGAAUGCCUGGAGUGUGUGAUAUAUCGAGCUGUUAUAAUUCCUAUAAUAGUGGCCGAAAUCCUUUUAAUAAAGGACCAAACCUCUGAAGGUCAUAUACGGUUCAAUGUCAGCUGGGAGCUGAAUCCUGUCAUGUCAUCUCAAGUCUCUUUCACUUGCUGCCAAAUAAGAGGAACUGGUUCUCAGGAAGAAACCAAUUGGCGCAUGAACCAGUGGCUGCUUAUUACAGGUUUCAGUCUGUUAUCUUGGUUUGCUACUGAUUUUGGAAUACUUCAGUACAAACAUUUUAAACUCACCGCGUGCUGUGCAUGUAUGUUUAUCCCCUACAGUUUUUUAAAAUAAAUUUUGAU